UAUGGAGUAUGAUGACAAUCAAAUGGUUGUAAAAUAGGUCGCCAUCUUGUUGACUUCAUUGUUAUUUUACUUUAUUGUUAUUUGUAAAUAAUUCAUUAAUUUUAAAGGUAACUGUGUCAAGUAAUUAUAUAACACUUAUUUAAAUAUAAAUUUGCAAAUAGCGUGUGUAAGUUUUAGUGUGUAAAUAUAUUAGUUUUGAAAUUAAAAACUGACGCUAAUUACAUAUAGUUAUAUAUGUGUACAAAAGUUUUAACGCGGGUAAAUUUGUUUUGAAGAAGAUGAUGGGGAAGAGAAUGCACCAUAACAAUAAAAGAGGAUUGGGGAGUAAAGGCCAUGACAAUGGCAAACCUUCAAGUCCUGGUGUUACACCUUAUACUAAACCAGCAAAAAUACCAGGUGUAAUAUCCGCAGGGAAAACAAAAACAGAUAUGUGUCCGAUACCUUACAUUAGACAGCAAGAUAAUGCUAUAAGUUUACCGAGAUUUACCGCUAUAUCUGCACGAUCUGCCGAUGAACCUAUCGGUAUGGAUGAGCUUGAUGCUUUACAAUUGGAAUUAGAAUCGCUUCUUUGUAAUACAGCCCUUCGCAUAAGGUAUUUUCAAGGAGAAAUUGAAAGUAUCGAUACCAAUGAAUCUAAAAGGGAAAAGAAAGGUAAAGCAGCUGGUAAGCAACUUCAAUAUUCUAUAAAACGAAAGUUUCCCGAAGACAAAUUAGUGAAAACCAAAGAUUAUGCUAAAUUAUCGAACCAGCCAAAGGUACCAAAAUUAAAAAACUUUAGUAAUUCUUCCUCUGGUGCAUCCCAUAAUUAUUUAAAUGACAAUAAUGUUAAUUCUGACAAUUCUGUUAAACUAGAACUAUCUCAGUUAGCUUUGCCAAAGAAUAAUAUUCCAUACAAGUUCUGGAAUUCAGUAGACCCAUACUGUGCACCUGUCACACUUGAUGAUAUUAAGUUUCUUGAAUCCCUUAUGGUACAAAGUAGCAAUACAACACUUCCUCCUAUCCCCCCACUGGGUAGACACUAUUCUGAAGUGUGGGCAGAUGAACAUUUGACAGAAGACCAAAAUGCUGCAAAUCCAAAUAAACAAAAAUCAGGAAUGUCACCAGAUGCAUCAAAUUUAAGAAAAAAACUUGAAAAAACUUCUGAUAAUAUGAUUACUGGGCCUUUAACACAGAGACUUGUGUCAGCUUUAAUGGAAGAAAAUGUUAUGCCUUAUGAAGUCCCUGAUAUUAAAGUAAAACAAACAACGAAUACUAAAAGUAGCUACAAAAACUCAUUAACUUUAGAAAAAUGCCUAAGAAAGGAAUUAGUUGAACAAGGUAUUUUGGAUCCAGAAGACUUACCUCCACUUACAAAUCCAGCAGAUGAUGAGAUUUUAGCAGAAAUUAAAAAGUGUCAAACAGAAUUAACUGCUGUUAGGAAAGAAAAUUGUCGGAAUCUGAAAAAUUUGAUAGGCUUAUGUAAGCAGGAGAUGAUAAGACUGAACUUGAAAAAACAACUGGAUCAGGUGGACAUGGAAUGUAUUGAUACAUAUAAAAAGAUGGUAGCUGCAAAACAAAAGAAGAGACCGAUAACUAAAAAAGAGAAGGAAGAUGCUUGGCGUGCCAUAAAUGAACAGAUAAGACUUAACAAAGAAAUCAGUGCAUUGCCUUUAACAGGCCCCAACACAAGCUAAAUAGUUCUUAAAUUGUAUUAUUUGCAAAAAUUGUUAUUUUUGAGCUGGGUUAUUAAUAAAAUAAGUAUUCAUUA